ACAACACGUCGGUCGCGUUUGUUGUGCAAGCAGUGGUCGCAAGGAUUAAAACUCAAAAAUGAAUAAAUUACUCAUCUGUUUAAUAAUUUGUAUGGUAUUACAAAGUGUUGCUUUUGCCAAGAAGUUCAAAGACAAGGAGAAACCCGCAUGGGCGAAGAAAGACAUACGAGAUUUCAACGAUGCCGACAUGGAGCGGCUUCUCGAGCAGUGGGAGGAAGAUGACGAACCCCUCGAGCCGGAUGAGUUGCCGGAGCAUCUGAGACCCCCGCCAUCGAUCGAUAUGGCCAGUGUGGAUCCUUCGAAUCCCGAGGGUAUACUAAAGCAGUAAAAAGGACGCACCCUUAUGUCGUUUGUUUCGGUGAACGGAAAUCCCACCCGGCAAGAGACGGAAGACAUAACCAAACUAUGGCAGACGAGCCUAUGGAACAAUCACAUUCAGGCCGAACGUUACCUGAUUGACGAUAAUAGGGCAAUAUUUAUGUUUAAGGACGGCGCACAGGCGUGGGAAGCGAAGGACUUUUUGGUUGAACAGGAAAGAUGCCUGCAUGUAUCGAUCGAGAACAAGGAGUACAUGGGCAAGCACAACAAGGACGAGCUGUAGGGCCAGUCAAGCAGUUGGAAACCGAUAUUAAGUUCUUCGGUUCUAUGAUUCUCUUUAUUUUGCUUAUUUCUGUAAUACACCAUGAACUAUGUCGUCGAGAAAGACUGAAAUAAACGAAGCAUUCUGUUAACAAGA